UAACCAAAAUCGUACUGUGAAACAACAGUAUGCUCUAUCUUUUUCACUGUCAAACAUAACAACAUAACUAGGAACAGGUUGGUUUUGCAACAGUUUUUCGGUGUAUGUUUAUUUUUAGAAUUUUCUCGUUAGAACGUUGAAACAUUUAUCAUGAAAAUUACAAAACAAAUACUCCGUUAGCUUGUUGCGAAUCAUCGUGAGUUGCCAAAUUACAUUUCACAAUUCACAAAACGGCUACAAACAUCUCUCUUUCCUCUAGGGCAUCAUCUUAAUUGGUUUUUUUUGUUGUACUGAAUCAGAAUCUAAUAACAAAGUCUCAUACGCUUUAAAAUUCAGAAAAUCCUGUCCCUUUCUUUCAUGUCACAUUGAAGCAAGCCUGUUCUAUCAGCUCUGAUUUUCUUACAGAUUCUGUCAAGAAAAUCAGACACACAAUGGAAUCCAAGAUUAAUAAUAAGACUUGUCAAGAAGGGUUGCACCACAGAAUCUCUGCAUUGCUUGAGUUUUCAGCCUCAGAUGAUGUAACAGCGUUCAAGGAAGCUAUUGAGAAAGAGGGCCAUAACGUUGGUGAGACUGGAUUAUGGUAUGGUAGGAGAAUUGGAACAAAGGAAGUUGGAUAUGAAGAGAGAAACCCUCUUAUGAUAGCUGCAAUGUUUGGCAGCAAGAAUGUCUUGUCUUACAUUCUCAAAACAGGCAAAGCUGAUGUCAACAAAUCUUGCGGCUCGGAUUCAGCCACGGCGCUCCACUGCGCCGUGGACGGAGCCUCCCCAGCCUCCGCCCAAAUUAUCAAGUUGUUGCUUGAAUCUUCAGCGAAUCCUAACGCCGUGGAUGCCAGAGGCAACCGGUGCUACGACUUGGUUGUCUCCAUGCCGUCCGUCUACAACACAAGAAAGAAGGCCGUACAAUCGCUUCUAGAAGGGGCGAACAAUGUAUAUAAGAAGGAGGCAACAUCGAUUGGAAUAUCAUCAAGCUUGAACGAGAGAGGCAAGGUAGCUGCUGGUACGGCAGAGUUUCCGGUGUCUCCUCGGUAUAAAGAGUUUCCGGUGGACCACUCGCUACCGGACAUAAAGAACGGUAUAUAUAGCACGGACGAGUUUAGAAUGUAUACCUUCAAAGUGAAACCAUGUUCGAGAGCGUAUUCACACGAUUGGACAGAGUGUCCUUUCGCGCAUCCCGGCGAGAAUGCCAAGAGGCGCGACCCGAGGAAAUACCAGUACAGCUGCGUUCCCUGUCCGGAGUUCCGGAAAGGGAGCUGCAGCAAAGGAGAUUCCUGCGAAUACGCGCAUGGAAUCUUCGAGUGCUGGCUUCACCCGGCUCAAUACAGAACAAGGCUGUGCAAGGACGAGAUGGCAUGUACUAGAAGAGUGUGUUUCUUCGCGCACAAGCCAGAAGAAUUACGUCCUCUGUAUGCUUGUUCUGGCUCUGCAUUGCCUUCUCCCACUUCUUAUUCGCCAGGUGGCGCUAAUUCAUUGGACAUUUGUUCAUCCUUAUCGUCACCAGAUGGUGGUGGAUCUGGAUCUUCACCGGUGUGGCAAGCUCCUCAAGCUAAGCUUCCCAAAAGCAGGCUAAACCUAGCCCUCAGCGCUAGAGAUGUUAAUCUUGACAUCCAGUCGAUCGGCCUCGAAAGCCGGCGACUGAUGCAAAAGCUUAUGAUGGAAGAGAUGGUUUCAUCAGCAUUAUCUCCCAAUUCUUCCACCUGGAGAAACUCGUUGCCUACGAGUCCGUCUUUCGCUUCUCCGGUUCCGUCUCCGACUAAUAUUUGGGGAAGUGCUUCCAACUAUUCUCCUUCACAUUCAAAAGUCAUUGGAUCGCCGGCGGCAUACGGCCUGGAUCUUUCCGGUGGUGGCGUCUCUUUGCGGAGUCCGAGCGAGAUUCCUUCUCCUUCGAAAAACUCCAUAGGCAUGGAAUCAUCGUCGUCUACCUUGUUUGGUUGGGGUUCCCCUGAUGGAAAAUUAGAUUGGUCCAUUCGCAGAGAUGAGUUUAACAAAAUGAACAAGUCAAAUUCUUUCGCCUUUCGAAGCACUGCUAAUCUUGUUGCGACUCCGGAGCUGGCGGAGGAUGCUAUUGAUGAACUAGAUGUGUCUUGGGUUAGUUCUCUUGUGAAGGAUUCUUCGAGCAACAACUACUCCACCAUGUUAACACAUGAACAGUUUAAUGUCAUGUAAUUCAUGCUCGGACCAUACAUAUGCUGCCAUAUAAAUAUGUAACACUUAAAUAAAACAAAUUUAUUCACUCAACGUAUUUCAUAUGUUUUUAUUAGGACAUUACUAUGUUUAGGUGAUCCUUUGGACAAUAAUAUUUUGAAUUUGUAUGCGUUUUGAAAGGCUUAUUUAGAGGGGGAAAAACGUUUUUUUUUUUAAGUAUUGUUAUAUCGAAAUUGUAUAUGUUGAUCACUCUAGAACAUUUAAUAGUUAAAUUUAAUAAA